AUGUGCCCUGGCACCUUGCAGUAAUGAAGGGGCUUGUCAGAAUAAUGUAGCUGGGGGUUACCAGUGUAUUUGCCUGUCAGGUUUUACUGGAGUCAACUGUGAAAUCAAUAUAGACGACUGUGUAACAGGUAAUGGUGAGCCUGUCUGUGGAAUACACGGAACUUGCACUGAUCUGGUGAAUGAUUUCAGCUGCACUUGUGAUACAGGCUGGAUUGGCCCCCUUUGUGACGUCAAUGACUGGUGUGAGGGGGUGAACCCCUGUCAAAAUGAGGCCUUCUGCAGCCAGACCAGUAGUUCCUUCACGUGUUCUUGUCAAGACGGUUUCACUGGAUCUCUUUGUGAAUCAAAUAUAAACGAUUGUGCAAACGCCCCGUGUGAGAACGCUGGACAAUGUGUUGACGGGGUAAACUCAUACACGUGCACCUGUGUAGCUGGCUACACGGGAACAAACUGCCAAACCUUAAUAAACAACUGUGCGUCCAAUCCGUGCUCUGCGCGAAGUACAUGUGUGAACGGCGUCAACUCGUUUACCUGCAAUUGUCACUAUGGCUACCACGGAACAUUCUGCGACUCAUUGAUCAUACCCGCCGCAGGACAGAUGUAUGAAUUUGGAACAAACUUUUCGCAGUCAUCGUUUACUGAAAGAGACGAUGCGACAAAGAAAAUAAAAAUCGCCGGCAAGUUUCGUUUCUUUAACCAGAAAUACAAGAAGAUGUAUCUCGGAACCAACGGUGUGGUGAGUUUUGGCAGACGAUACAACUCCUUCAUUCCCCGCUCGCUAUACACCUUAUCCAAGGCAGUGUUUGCUCCACUGUGGUUUGAUCAAGAUUUGAGAGGGAGAUAUUUAUCUGACAACGAGGUCUCCAUGUGGUACAAGGUAUAUGACAGCGACGCGGACCUGGACCAGAAGGACAGGUACAUCAUGGACCUGGCUGAACACGACAUUAACACCUAUGGUGAGCUGAACAAACCGUUCAAGGUGGCCUGGGCCAUAGCUGUCACCUGGGACAACACCAGACCCUACUAUUACCGAAGAUAUAUUGAUAGCGAGAGAUACAGCUAUCAAGUGAUUUUUGCCACCGAUAGACAGCGUUCCUUUGCCAUAACAAACUACGGGACGUUCGUGCGUCCGUUGUCUAGCACGCGCAGUGCUUACAUUGGCUAUACUGCCGGAGAGGGCUCAUCAGGAUCGAGCAGGUGGAUCUUCCAAAAUUUUGCAUCCGGGUCGGAACUGUCCACCAGGAUUAACGAGGAACUCGGAAACACUGGUAUUGUUGGCAAGUGGGUCGCCCGUCUGGACACCACGGAUGACGAUUCCGUCAACUACGACGAGAAAUGCCUGCAGUGGGUUGACGCCCAGAGGAACAACUACUGGUAUCAAUGGACCUCCUAUUUCUAUUACUACGCCAAUAUUUUAACUCGUCCAUGUCCCUGUUCGGUCAGCCAGGUUGUGUGGGAUUGGAAUUGGUACAUGGACUGGACGUCGUACUGCGCGUAUCCCACCGGAGGAAGUUGGUACUUCGGGUCAGGGAGGGAGUGUUGUUACGACAGCAAUCUGGGGUCCCUAAUCACCACCGGGCCCAGUGCCAAUACCCUGAUCCUGUAUUACUCUGACGACAGCUGGUUUUGGUCUUACUACUACUUUGGGAUGACUCGUAACUUACAAGAUACUCAGCCUAAGCGAUGGUGCUGCCAGGAGGCCGAGGAUUACGAGGGUCUUUGUCCUCUGUACAAAUCCUUCAGACCUGUGGAUACAUGCUCUCGUUAUAUACCACCUUGGUUUGGUUGGUCGUUCGGCGACCCUCAUUUUUCCACUAUUGACGGGUUCGGCUAUUCGUUUAACGGCCAUGGAGAGUACUGGAUGGUGAAAUACUUGGAGAAUAACCAGACUACCAAUUUCCUGUUCCAAGGACGUACAGCGAGGGCAAUAGACAAAGAUGGAUCCCCUGUGAAUGCAACAGUGUUUUCUGCCUUUGCCGCACGCGAUGAAACGAACUCAGACGGUGUGCAUGUGGAACUCAUAAAUAACAAUACAGAACUAGCGCUGUGGAUAUACAGGAACCAAACUCAAGAAUGGGAGGACGGUUCUCCUCUCCUCAGCGGGGGGUCUCUGACAAGUGGUGCCCUCACUAAUAUGGCCUUGACCUAUAAUUCCACGAUCGCCACUGUCACUGCAACAUUCCCUGUAUCAGGUUGGACGGUAGAGUUUGCCUUGAAGACCGGUGGUGUUCUGAACUUUGUCGUCACGGCGCCGGGAGAGGCCAAGAAUCUAACCCGCGGUCUGCUAGGAAUUUAUAACGAUGUCCCCGACGAUGACUUCACUACGCCUGAUGGUAGUCAAAUCAGUAUCAACAGCACACAGAGGGAGAUCUUCUACAACUUUGGGCAGCUGUGGCAAAUUUCACAAAAUGAUUCUAUCCUGUACUAUGGCCAGGGCCUGUCCACAACUAACUACACGGACAACUCUUUCGAGCCACUGUUCUUUGAAGACAUUACUUGGAGCAAUGAGACGGAACGGAAUGAGGUGUACACUACAAAGUGUAAUAACAAUAAGAACUGUGUCUAUGACUACGUGUUGACGAGAAACGACGCACUGGCCUCAGAAUCCAGAGUCGCCGAGGAGACGAAUGUCGCCACGUCAGCUGAACAACAAAAUCAAGCGCCAACAUUAAGCGCCAAUGCAACCGUCCUGCGUAUUACGGCGGGAGAGCUCAUAUCUCUAGCUCUCUCCCCUACCGACCCUGACGGAGACAACGUAUCAGUCUCGUCUUCAUCGUCGCUGCCAUCUGGCGCCGCAUUUGACAACGCCACUAAUUACGUGUUCUGGACGCCACCCCAAGGUCUGGAUAUCGCUUCAUUAGGAUUCGUAGCGAAUGACGGUCGCGGUGGAGUUACAGAACUCACCCUGGAGAUCCGGUACUGCACCGGGUGCUCUGGCAACGGGAUAUGCCUGUUUGACUCCGUGACCGUAGUGAACAACACAGACUUCUACCAGGUGGCUUGCAACUGUUCCACAGGGUGGUCAGGCGACAAUUGUGAGACGGACACGGACGGCUGCGACCAGAACCCAUGCCCCCAGGGCUCCAACUGUACGGACGUGCCGGCAGAUCUGGAGGCACUGGGAUACCCAGCCUUCAACUGCACGGCCUGCCCCACCGGGUACGAGCUGGACACCGAGGAAAACAAAUGUGUGGACGUCGACGAAUGUACUAGUAACACGACCAGCAACCUCUGCACCAGUAUUUGUAUCAACAAUAUGGGUUCCUACAUAUGUGAUUGCUAUGACGGCUACGUGAAGAACGGCACAUACGACUGUGCGGACAUUAACGAGUGUACAGAGCAGACAGAUAACUGUACACAGGUGUGUACUAAUGUACCUGGCAGUUUUACCUGCUCUUGUAUUGAAGGCUAUGAACUGCGGCCUGACGGAAUCACCUGCUUUGAUGCAAACAACACUUGUGCCAGGUAUAGUCUGAACUGCUCCGAGAUCUGCUCGGCUGAUAUCGGGAACGGACAGCCGGGGUGCGCGUGUCCCCAAGGUUACACGAUCUCCCCAGCUGACAACAGCACAUGUGACGAUAUCGACGAGUGUGCCCUGAACACGGACACCUGCAGUCACACGUGUAACAACACAGACGGAGGCUACACAUGUUCCUGUCCUAGCGGAUUCACCCUCGGUUCUGAUAAGAGAACGUGUCAAGAGUGUGCCCUACCCAAGUACGGCGACAAGUGUUCGUUCACGUGCGACUGUGGCAGCCGGGCCUCUGUAUGUGACAACGUAGUGGGCUGUACCAACUGUACGGACGGCUGGACUGGCGACCAAUGCAGGACGGACGUAGACGAGUGCGCGCUGGGCACGGCUAACUGUGGGAGUGGCGCCAAUUGUACCAAUACCAACGGCAGUUAUAUCUGUCUGUGUGGUGAUGGGUACUCAAAGGUGCAAGGAUCCGAUCCUAAUGUCCCCGGAUACUGUGUUGACUUUGACGAGUGUAACGACUCCGAGAGCCCUCCCUGCAGCCCCACGGCAACGUGUAAUAACACUGUUGGCAGCUUUGUGUGUUCCUGCACCCCGGGUUAUGUCGGCAAUGGCACUUACUGUGAGGACAGCAACGAGUGCCUGGCGGGGACAGUGUGUCAGGGGAAUGGGGAGACGUGUGAAAAUACGGUGGGCAGUUUCUUCUGUUCCUGUCUGUCCGGCUACAACAGAGUGGCCGGUGUGUGUCAGGAUGUAGACGAGUGUGCCCAGGGAACACACAGCUGCCACCAGUAUGCCACGUGUAACAAUUUGCCAGGCAAUUAUAGCUGCUCUUGUAACGCUGGCUUCACCGGUAACGGAGUCUUCUGCUCAGACGUGAACGAGUGCAGAAAUCUUACUAUAUGUGGCACAGGAGAAGGGUCGACGUGUAAUAACACCAUUGGUGGAUACGAAUGCUCGUGCAGAACCGGAUAUUACAUCAAUGGUACAGGCUGCGCAGACAUUGACGAAUGUGUUGAUGUAAAUUAUAACAACUCGUGCCACCAGUAUGCCACCUGUGCCAACUUCCCGGGAAGAUUUACCUGCACCUGUGACGGCGGAUUCACGGGGAAUGGGACUUACUGCGAAGACGUCGAUGAGUGUAAUGGCACCAACCCAUGUAGUAACGGUGGCAACUGUACCAAUACCAUCGGUUCCUACGCCUGUGUAUGCCCAGAUGGGUACACCGGUAGCUUAUGCGGAGUCCAGGUUAUAACCUCAUCUAGUUCAGUUCAAAGCUCAACGGCUUCGAGCAGCGUUUCUGAACCAGUACCGACAUUAUCAACUGGGCAAGUGGUUUCGACUGCCCUAUCAGUUUCCACCAGUUCAUCUCUUAGGGUCAUUGCUUCUUCAAGUGUUUCGGAUACCUCCACGACAUCCUCAGGUCUGGUAACACCAACCUCUACAAUAUCUGCAUCAACAACAGGAAGUUCUGCCGAUCAGAGUACAGCAUCCUCGUCUUCCAGCGCGGCAGUUUUGUCCAGCAUCUCUGUAGCAACAGUGGCGACAUCUAUCAGCCAAGUCACUGUGUCGUCCACAGAUCUUGCAGCAAGUUUGUCCGCAGGGAUAUCGACUUCACAAAGUGCAUCUCCAACAGCUGGAGUGGUCUCCACAGGCCUGUCCUCUCUGGCGCCCUCUACAGUUCAGGUAACAGAAACACCCAUAAUUGUAGACUCAUCAACAAGUACCGCUGUAGCGUCUAGUGCUUUGGACACACUGCUAACAUCAGUAACAGAUCAGACUAUAUAUUCAACGACAAUACUUUCAACAAGUUCAUCUGUUUUAUCGUCAGAAGCUUUACUAACUUCACCCACAGAACAAGUUUUGUUGGAGUCAACUCAAACGUUGACUGCUUCAAUGCUUAGCACGCUUAGUGUAUCUAGUGUUUCGGGAACGGUAAAAGCAUCAAUAGCAGAGUCAGUGCAUGUUAGUGAAACAACAGUGAGUACGUCAGUUGUAACAUCGGCUGCUUCAAGUGCUUCUGAAACAAUACUAACCUCAGCAACAGGACCAGUCACUGUGACAUCCUUUACUUCAUCGAUUCCAGAUGUGUCCACUGUAUCAUUAGCAAGUUCGUCAAUAGGUGGAACUGGCUCAUUCAGCCCCUCUGCAGCACAAUCUGCGACAGACCAAGCUAGCGCGGCGCCGUCUGCCUCGUCCACUGCUUCGUCCACUGAUUCUGGGGCAGCCUCUUCGUCAGCUCAAGACACAUCGGCGUCCUCAUCAUCGUCUGUUGCCGUGGUUGCUUCGUCCACUGAUUCUGUGGCAGUCUCUUCGUCAGCUCAAGACACAUCGGCGACCUCAUCAUCGACUGUUUCCGAAGUUGCUUCUUCGACUGAUUCUUUGCCUCGUCCACUNGCCUCAUCGUCAGCUCAAGACACAUCGGCGUCCUCAACAUCGUCUGUUGCCGUAUCUGCUUCGUCCACUGAUUCUGUGGCAGCCUCAUCGUCAGCUCAAGACACAUCGGCGUCCUCAACAUCGUCUGUUGCCGUAUCUGCUUCGUCCACUGAAUCUGUUGCAGCCUCUUCGUCAGCUCAAGACACAUCGACGAUCUCAACGUCGUCUGUUGCCGAAGCUGCUUCGUCUACCGAUACUGUUACACAACCCUCAGCAACAGAUCAGGUCACGUCAACGUCGGUCACUGACCCUGUCGCAGUUACCUCGGCAAGUUCAACUGCCUUUGCAACAACGGACGUGGCUUCUUCCACUGCUAUAGCCACCAGCAGUAUAGAAACCACUACUCCCGUGGACUACUGCGCCGGCUCACCAUGCCAAAAUGGAGGGACAUGCCAGAGUCUCCAGCAGGGAUUCAGCUGCAACUGUGCCAGUGGUUAUGUGGGCAACACCUGCGCUGGUGUUGAUCGCUCCUCUCUGACCUAUAACUAUGGUGCGGCAACAGGAGAUGCUACCAUCACUGGAGAUGACGUAACUUCCGGGCGCAUAACUGCAACAACUGGCUUCAUAAUGGGGCAGAACUCCCACAAAUAUGCCUAUGUGAGCACCAACGGUCUGAUUUCCUUCGAUGGCGCAUACCUAAGCUACACGCCGAAGUCAUUCCCGCUGACCUCAACAUACGCCUCUUCACUGCCCAUAGUGGCAGCGUACUGGGCCGACAUCGAGGCUAUCGGAGACCCAUCUGCUGUAUACUAUAAGGCGUAUGACUAUUACAACGACUAUAACACCAAUUUAAAUACCAGAUAUACCAUAGACCGUGCGACGGCGGAUGUAAGGAAUUAUACUGGCACGGAUGGGUUCUCUGCGAAAUGGGUGCUGGUCGCCACGUGGGUGAACUGCCCUCCCAACCCCAGCAGCCGGUACGCCGGGGUGGAGAACGUGACGUUCCAAGCCGUUCUAAUCACCGACGGGGUCCACUCCUACGCCUACAUUAACUAUGUGCCUGGUGCCAUAACCAUAACUCCGUCCUCCAUCUUCAAGACAGCUAGGGUGGGGUUCACCGACGGAGCAGGCUAUAACUUCGAGCCUUACGUAUCAGGGACGGCUGCCAUGGCAACGGCUGAUAACGUCGUCGGAAACACAGGUGUCCAGGGGGUCUGGUGGUUCAGACUACAUUCCGUGUCCUCGGACUACCCUAACUACGACUCCCUCUGCAAGGACUGGGCCAGCCAGCAGAAGACGACGGAGGCGGCCCUGGGUGUUCAGCUGUCCUCCCUCAGCAGCCGUGUCCUGGCGUGUCCUUGCUCACUGACGGGGGCGCUACUGGAUAGGAGAUAUAGAUAUGCAUCGCGGACAGACCCUGCCUACAGCGGUGUCUGGUGCUUCACUACCCGCUGGCCGAGGUUUGUCCGUGGAUAUCUGUCCGGCCAGGAGUGUUGUUAUGACUUGAGCACGUGGUCACUGAUCACCACAGAGAACUCUGUCACCAGCGGCUCCUUCCAGUUGUACCAUGAGCGGUUCCAGAGCCGUGCCUAUACUGAGAACGACUAUCUCCCUAAGCAGUACUGCUGUGCUCUGUCAGACAACUGUGGAGUCUACUUCCAGUACAGGCCCAAUGAUAAAUCUUGGUUCCGAGGUGACCCUCAUUUCACGACACUAGAUGGCGUUACUUAUACCUUCAAUGGACACGGUGAAUACCAGCUCCUCAACGCGGGCAAUGGGGCUUUUAUUAUGCAGACCCGUCUAGAACCAGUUUCCUCGAGUCAAGGCACUACUGUGAAUGCAACCAUAUUUAGCGCUUUUGCCGCCAAGGACAGUGACUCCUCCCGCCUGCAUGUACAGCUGACACAAGAUAAACAAGACAUGGCGGUGUAUGUCCAGAGUGACCUCGUGUCCCCUACGCUGCUGCAGACCGGAAGUGCCAGCUACAACAACCUCGAUCUGGAGUACAAUGAUACCACCAAGACGCUGCUGGCAAGCUUUGGAUCGGGCGUCACGGUCAAUGUAACCAAAGGCGUAGGACUUCUCAUGUUCGCUGUGGUCGUUCCCGAUGAGUACAAGUCGAACACCACCGGUCUGAUGGGCAACUACGAUGGCAAUGUGAACAAUGACCUGGAGGCUAGGAACGGGACCAUCCUGGCCAGCAACGCCACCGAGAGUGACAUCUACAAUUAUUUUGGGGAAACCUGGCGCAUUUCCCAAGCAGAAUCCAUAUUCUACUAUGCGUCCGGAUACUCCACGGUGAACUACACCGACACCAGCUUCGUCCCGACAUAUUCUGAGGACCUCCAGUCCAUCUACGGAAACACCAAGUACCAGGCAGCGGUCAGCAAGUGUGGAAGCGACCUUCAGUGUCUCUAUGACUUCCUGCUCACGGACAACGAAGCACUGGCCAACAGCACGAAGAGCUUUGACGAGACCAGUAAAGCGACAAGUGUAGAAGCAGGUAAAGAUUUGUCGUCUGCCAUUCUUGGUGCCAUCUGA